AUGGUGGCGGCGCGGCAGCAGCGGCGGCGCCGGCGCUGGGGGGUGCCGGUGCUGCUUGUGGCCUACGUGGGCUAUGUGGGGCUGGGCGCCGCCGUGCUGCAGGCGCUGGAGCGGCCGGCCGAGGUGCAGGCGGCCCAGCAACUCCUCCGGGAGCACUGGGAGCUGCUGGCCAACCACACCUGCCUGCAGGGGCCCGCCCUGCAGCGGCUCAUCGAGGGUAUCAUCCAAGCCUACAAGAGUGGCAUAACCCUCCAGGGAAACACCACUAGCCUGGGCAGGUGGGACUACAGUGGGUCUUUCUUCUUCUCCAUCUCUGCAAUAACAACCAUUGGCUAUGGGAACUUGAGCCCCAGCACUGUGGCUGGUCGAAUCUUCUGCAUUGUGUUUGCACUUUUUGGGAUCCCCUUGAACCUUGUACUCCUGAACGAAAUUGGGCAGCUGAUGCUGCUUGGGGUUCAGCACUGUGCUUGUCGCCUAGAGGAAGUGUUUCACUGGCAGAAUAAAACUUCCUUCCUGAUGAAGACCUGUGCACUGGUAACUGGCUUGUUACUGUUCCUCCUGCUACCUCCCUUGUUAUUCUCUGACAAAGAAGGCUGGUCUUAUGAAGAAGGCUUCUACUAUUCCUUCAUUACCCUCAGCACUAUAGGGUUUGGAGACUAUGUGAUAGGGAUGAACCCAGAUCGCACCUAUCCAGGCUGGUACAAGAAUGUAAUCUCUCUGUGGAUCCUCUUUGGGAUGGCCUGGCUAGCACUGGUUAUCAAAUUUUGCAUCAACCUUCUAGAGAGCUCCAGUGACUUCUGUCAAUGCAACAAGAAGAACAAGGAGAUGGCAGAAGACUUAAUGGAUGGUAACAAAAAUAGUAUGACUGGACUUCACAGUGCGGAAACCUGCAGUGACAAAGACACAAAAACAAAAGGACCGGUUGAAUCUCACUCCUACACAGCUCCUACAGAAGCCCUCUAGGGAAGAAAAAUACCCUUGGUGUCUUGUGGGUUUUAGUGCACCAGAGACAAACCAUUUAGAAAUGUGUAAGUGGAGCUGCCCUGACCUGUGAAUGGGGUGAAAGUUUGCUUAUUGAGCUUGAAAUGCUUCUGUUCUGAAUUGAGUAAUGACAACAGAACAUUUCGUUUGCAGCACCACCAAGAAUUACCAACAGGACUCUAAGCCAAAAGUAGAUUUAUGGGAAUAUUAUCUGCCCUCCCACCUCAAUCUAUGAGGUAAACUUUGACAUCCAUGAGCAACACUAGCUGUUGUCUUUUUCUUUGCAUGCAAGGUUCUUGCAGCCUCUAGUUGCACAUAUGGCACUUUGCAAAUGCCACAGCCAGAAAAGCCAGUGGCAUUUAAUGUGGGAAAUAAACAGCAUGUUGCCAAAAGAAAUGAAAAGCACUGUUUAAAGCUAUCUGGCAGUCAUGGCAAAUGUGCCACAUCGCCUAUGUACUUGUGCUUGUGAAAGGUGGUAACAAACUUUUGCUCUCUGAUCAUUUGUACAGGGAUGGCAAUGAGGCAGAGGUGCCUGGUCGAAACAGACCAUUCCAUUUUUUUAAAGUAAUUUCUAUGUCAGAAGUCUGCUAAUAGAAAGAGACUAAGUACUUCAGCAGUAAGUGGUAUUCAGAAGUAAGUAAGUGUUCCUUACGUCAGAACGUCUGUGGGUUCAUCCUUUGUAAAGUAUUUUGUAGACCAAAUGUCAUCAGCUAAAUGUGACAGUUCGUUUAGCUAGAUUUGUAUUUUGCCACAUCUUGGAAGUCAGAAAAGGAGGACUAGAGGCAAUUUUAAGUGUCAGUGGUUCCACCAUUUUCCUAUGGCCAGUAUUAACAAGGGCUACUCUAAUCUAGAAACAGACUGAAUAUUCUUCAACUUCUAUGAUCAAGAGAUGCUAUUUUGAUGAACUUCUCAUGUCAUAAAUGAUUAGGGUACCUGUUCUACCUAACAUCUUAUAUAUAAUCACAACUGUCUUUGAUCUGCGGAAUGCCCGACAUGCUUAUUUGGCCUUUGUGUCAGUCAUGAAAAAGAACUUGGUUGGGUUUUUUUAGUUCCAUUAAAUUCUCAAAAAUCUUUUGAUACAUUAUGUCACUUAUAAAGGUGCAACAGAGUCACUCCUGGUGCCAUUUGUCUUUCAUUAUCUAUUCUUCUCAUUUUCUUAUUCCUGUUGUGCUACUUGCAUCCUAAGCAUUAACUUUGAAAAUUUGACCACAGCAGCAAACCAGAAUGAAGUAUUUGGUUGAGCCUUCAGCUUUUGCAAUGAACCAAGAUUCCAUGUGGUUGGUAGGGAAAAGACUGAAAACAGAGUCUGUUGGAAUUAUGGGACUGAGGUAUUAGAAAUAUCCAUAGCUAUAUUCACAGAAAUGGAGUGAGUGAAAAGUUUCCAGUCUUCAUGAACACAAGUUCUGAAACAUAUAAUGUGAAAGAAGUGUUUCCAGAAUAGGCCAGUCUGAGUGUUGAUAUCUGGUGGAACUGAUUACAGGAAAAGUGCAGGAAAGGGAUAAGCUGAAUGAAAUUUAGUUUGUUGACCUUCUUCUGAUUGCACAGUAGUAAAUGUUCUCUCAAAUACUGUUUGAAUGGGCAGCAGAGAUCAGGUAGGGAGACAGUGGACCUCUUGGAUCAUACUGAUGCAAAAUAAAUACAUUUCAAAUUUUUGAAAA